AUGGAUCACAUAAAAAACAUAUCAUCAAGAUUUCCUAUUUUUACAAAACUUGAGAAAGAUUUUAAGAUCCCUAGAGAAUAUUCUUUCUUAGCUGCAAUAGUUCUAGUAAUAAUUAUUAUUAUGUCUACGUGUUUAGGUCCUAUUCUUACAUCUGUGAUAGGAGUAAUAAUUCCACUGAGAGAGACACUUCUUGUUCUUAAACAAGUAAAUCCUAACAAAGAAGAAAUAAGACAUCUUUUAAUAUUCUGGCUGGUAUUUGGAAUUCUUACAUCACUCGAUGCAUAUUCAAGAUUUAUAGUGUCAUUUAUUCCAAUGUUUUAUACACUAAAAUUUUUCCUUCUUCUUUACAUUGGACCUUUUAGAUUCAAAGGAACUAAAAUAAUUUACGAUUCACUGAUUAGUAAAGUCCCUGAAAAAUGGUAUUUGAAUGAUAAUGGUAUUAAUACAGCAAUUGAUCAGGCAGAUGCAUUGGCAAAAGAAGCAGCAAAAAAAAUACAGGAGAAAAAGAACGAAUAA